GAGAUCUUGAAGAGGCGCCAUGAGCGACGACGACUCGGACAGCGAAGACAUCCUCUUUGGUGCCAAGGGCGCCGAGUACCCUUGUCAGAAGCUUCGUCGCGUCCGAGAAAUAUUUCUCAGUCGACCGCAGCUCGAGCCCCAACGUCGGCGGUCGGCAAUCGACCUCCCAUUGCCUCCACCACGUAAAGACGACGUCCGCCGCAAGUCCGAGCCGAUAGCAGUGUCUGCCAAGCUCGUGCGGCCGUUGAACGAGACGACAACGUCCGAAGACGACUCGGCGGACGACUUUAUGCAGCUCUUCGGGAAUCAAGUGGAGCAUGAAGUUGACGCCAACGCAGAGAGGCGCGCGAAACAACUGUCGGAAGCGCUUGGCAAGGUCCAUCGACUCUGCACGCCCCAAGGCGUCUGUGCAGACGUCGCCAUUGACGCGCACAAGACCCAGCUCGAGAGCUUUGCUGCGACGUUGACACACCCUUCGGCGGACCAUCUCGCAAUGGCGCUUAAGGAACUCGUGCGCUGCCAGUCGAUCGAGAGCAAGGCACUGCGCCACAGUAUCUCGGAGCAUCAGGCGAUCGCCAAGGAUGCACUGAGCCGCCUCGAGAGUGAUUUCCAGCAUCAACUGGAGCAGCUUCGUCGCACGUUGGCGGCAACGAUCGCUGCCGAGCAGCAUCAAGCCAACGAGCGCCUGGCUGCAAUGACAAACCAGCUCCAGGACCAAGUCGAGCAGGCGGCACGACCGCUGCAGCUACCAAAGCUCCCCCCGCGUCAAGUGCCCAUCGUGCGCUUCUCAAAGUCUUCGAUAAAACAAACCGUCAGCAAGCCUGGGCCAAGCGUCCGCGAUCUCUCGCACAGUCUCCGCACCUUGCCGAUGCUGCCCAAGCGGGUGGAAGCCAAGCUCGCCGCAUGCUCGCCCGACAUGCUCGCUCGCGUGCGUAAGCUUGGACAGGUCCCAACUCCGUCGAAACGAGAACCGCUGCCGACGCUAUGGCCCAAGGCGCCAUUGUCACCGCAGCGGACGUAUGCGUCCACGUGGGAGCACGGAGUGUGCCGCGAAGACAACAACCGCCCAUUGCAGGCGCCGCUCAGCGGUCGGUUUCUGCGACCCGAGGAAGAGAAGGAGCUGCGGGCCUUGAAGAAUUCGCUGGGCGUCGCAACUGCGUGGAUGGCGCGUGCAUUAGACGACGAGACACGCAUGCUAGAAAAAGGGGUCUCGUAGUUGAGAGUAAAGUUAAACAUUAAGCAUCUCGGA